GGGCAAAAUAGAGCCAGAGAGAGAGAACCAAGAGAAAAUUUAGAGAGAGAGGGGACUCUGUGUGAUCUGAGAGUGGUGGAGCCAUCUGAGUCUCCGAUCAAUGGUGUAUACGGGAGCGGCGGAGGAGAGAACGAGAGUGGUGGCGGCGAAGAAUUCGACGACGACGUCGGCGAUGAAUUCCGAGAGAGCAGCAGCAGGGGGGAAGCCGCUUCACAAUUUCAGUCUGCCGUGGGAUUUGAAGUGGGGGAACCAGAGGCACCUCCGCUGCAUGAAGGUGGAUGAUUCCGACGCCGAAGCCGACGCGCCGCCGGCGUAUGAUCGUCGAUCGGCGGCGGGGGUGGCUCGGCGGCGGGGAGGGGAGCCGGAAGGUCAGUUUGAGAGGCGGAGCAGGGUGAGGAGGCCGAGGAUCGAGAGCGCCGACGACGGCGUAGAGGCCGAGGGGAUCGAUGCCGUCAGGGAGAAGCUCAUGUUUGAAUUCAAAACGGCCGCGGAUAAGAUGAAAGACGCGAUUUUGCGACGCCCGCCGUCGGAUACCGACGACGACGAGCCGCCGGCGCCGGUUGCUGCUUCCGCUGCCGCCGCUGUUGUUACUGACGUGGCGGCUGAGGAGGAGGAAGGCGAGGCUGUGGCUGUGGAGGAGGGGGGAUCGUCGCCGGCGGCGGCGACGGCGGUGAGGCCGUGGAAUCUGAGGAAGAGGAGGGCGGAGUGCAAGGCUCCAAUUGGCGGCGGUGGCGGAAAGGGUUUGAGAAUUGAGGAGAGGAAGACGGCGGCGAAUUACUCGCCGUUGAGGAGUGAGGGAAACAAUGGCGGCAAGUCGCCGAGGAUGGUCCGAGGGGCUUCCGGGUCGGGUCUGGAGAAGAAGGACCGGCCCAAGGAGAGGCCCAAGUUCUCACCCACGCUCUCCAAGAAGGAGAUCGAGGAGGAUUUCAUACAGAUGCUCGGCCACCGCCCUCCCCGCCGCCCCAAGAAGCGGCCUAGAGCGGUGCAGAAGCAAUUGGAUGCGUUGUUUCCCGGUAUGUGGUUGACGGAGGUCUCGGCUGAUUUGUACAAGGUCCCUGAGUUCCCUGAAAAUGUCAAGAGGUAGCAGUUUGGAGGGAAAGAUGGCUUGUGCUGAUUGUUUCAAGGCUCUGUUUUCUGACUUCUGCUGCUGCUGGUAGCGCUAAUUAGUGGUAGGCCACAGUACACAUUGUACAAUGGGAAUUUGGUGAAAGGUCGAAUCCCCUCCACUGCUUAAUGUUCAGUUGCUUUGGAACAAUGAUUUUGUUGUUAAUUAUUAUUCAUCUUCUCUUUCUUUCUUUCUUUCUUUCUUUCUUCCUCUUUCUAAAUAAAUGUAAAUAAAGGUAAGCUGGUUGGCUACUCUUAUAUGAACUAGUUAUAUGGAAUAUAAUGCCUGUUCUAUGAUCUUGAUUUUGUGACUG